AUGUCUGAUAAUAGCCGCACUGCGCAAUACGAGGACCUCCAUACGGCACAGGGCGCCUCAACCAACAUGCGGCGUUCCGACGCUGCCAGCGAGUACGAAUAUAUUGUCGUCGGGUCCGGCCCAGGAGGCGGCCCAUUGGCGGCAAGGCUAGCGAUUGCUGGCUAUAAGGUGUUGCUCAUUGAUGCUGGCGAUGACCAGGGCAACGCAACUAGACAGCAGGUCCCCGCGCUUCAACUUCAAUCCACCGAGUAUGAGCCAAUGCGCUGGGACUACUUCGUCCAGCACUAUUCGGAUUUGGCCCGUCAAAAGGAGGACUCGAAGAUGACAUACCGCACACCGUCAGGAGAGCUUCAUGUUGGACCUAAUCCGCCUGCCAACUCGGAUCCUCUGGGAAUUCUGUAUCCCCGUGCCGGCACUCUAGGUGGUUGCGCGGCUCACAAUGCAAUGAUCACUAUUUACCCAUAUGAGAAAGACUGGGAGAACCUCGCCGCCAUCACCGGGAAUGACUCUUGGGCUCCGGACGCCAUGCGUAACUACUUUGAGCGACUCGAACGUAACCGCUACAUGCCCGAGGGCACCCCUGGUCAUGGGUUUAACGGGUGGCUUACGACAAGCCUUACACAGCUCGGGCUUGUAGUGGAAGACCAAAAGCUUUUGUCUCUUGUUAUUGCAGCCGGUUCAGCUGCCGGGAGGGGUCUUCUCGGCACACUUGUCAACACAGUGACUGGCUUGGGCGAAAUUCUGCUUCGAGAUCUCAACAACGAUGAGCCAGAUCGUGAUAAGCAAACCGGCCCGUAUCAAGUUCCUCUUGCCGUCGAUGUUCCUUCUUACAAACGCACUGGCCCUCAAGAAUUCGUUAUGGACACUGCCAAUGCUCUCAAUCCCGAUGGUUCGCGAAAGUAUCAGCUCGAUAUCCAGCUGAACACUUUGGUUACCAGUGUCCUGUUUGACACUUCUGGUCCUAAGCCACGUGCAGUCGGAGUCAACUAUCUCAAGGGACAAAGUCUGUACCGGGCGGACCCGCGCUCCGCACGCUCUGCUGCCGGUGUUCCUGGAUCUGUGAACGCCACGCGUGAGGUCAUUCUCUCCGCUGGAGCUUUCAAUACGCCCCAGCUACUGAAACUAAGCGGUGUUGGACCAAAAGAAGAACUGCAAAAGUGGAACAUCCCCGUUCUGGUUGACCUCCCUAGCGUUGGUACCAAUCUUCAAGAUCGGUAUGAGACGACAGUGGUUGGAGAGAGUCCGACGGACUUUUUCCUGACUGCGAAGUGCACGUUUAUGGAGACAGCACCGGAUCCCUGUCUCGAGAACUGGUUGUCCAAUGACGUUCCUAUCCUCAAGGGUGUAUACACUACCAAUGGAAUUGCGAUCGCGGUCAUUCGCAAUUCUACCACUUCUGAUGGCGACCCAGAUCUCCUGAUAUCUGGUGCUCCGGCUGACUUCCGAGGCUACUUCCCCGGCUACUCAUCUACUUCUCUGAAGGAUGCCCGGCACUGGGCCUGGAUCACGCUGAAAACACGGAGUCGCAACAAUGCAGGAACAGUUCAACUACGGUCCACAGACCCGAGGGACAUGCCAGUCAUCACUUUCAAUUCCUUUGAUACUGGUGUCACUGCGGAUGGUGCUGCUGACGAGGACUUGCAAGCUGUGUAUGACGGGAUGCAGUUCUCUCGACAGAUCUUCAAUGACCUCAUUCCCUUGGACGGUGGGUUCACUGAAGUGUGGCCCGGUCCCAACGUCACUACGGAAGCAGAGAUGAAGGACUUUAUUAAGAGGGAGGCUUGGGGUCACCAUGCCUGCUGCACGAACCCCAUCGGAGCAGACGAGGAUGCCAAUGCUGUGUUGGAUGGUGAUUUCAGGGUCCGCGGUGUCGAUGGCCUUCGUGUUGUCGAUGCUUCUGUCUUCCCGAAAAUCCCCGGUUACUACAUCGCUCUACCGAUCUAUAUGGUCAGUGAAAAGGCCGCCGAGGUCAUCAUUGCCGAUGCGGUGUGA